UCCUCGCCUCCCCUUCCCUCCCCUUCCCUUUUUAGUAGGAAAAAAAAGGGCAUCCAAGGCAAUGGCGCUCUUAUGCCUCCACUCCAACCCCGCUCGGUUCUUCUUCUCGCCUCCUCCCAAAGCCUCCCGCCGCGGCGGCGUCGGUUUCGCCGUCUUCUCCUCCCAUUCCAACCCCCGCAUCCUCAAAUCCAGCCGCCGGUCGCGGUCCGGCCGGGGGACAACCCCUUACGACGAUGACCAUGACGGCGGCGAGGAGGAGAGCGAAGAAGAGGAGGAGGCAUUGCCAUACGAUCUGAGCCUCUUGGACUAUUCUUCAGAUUUUGAAGGCAGUCGACAAGCCCAAAGAGAAGAGAUGAAAAGAAAAUUCUCAAAAACUGGACAAAGCCGGAAGCUAGCAUAUUGGUCCUCUGAUGUACAUGACAUAAUCAUCCCGAGGAAAGCAAAUUCACAAGACUAUUACCGUACUCCAGGCAGAACAUCCAAAAAGGAUGCUGUGGAGUUGGAUAGCCAAGAAAAGCUGAAGAAUGGAAAAUUUACUAAAAGCAGGUUCCAAAAACUUGUAGAGGAACUAGAUUUUGAUGAGAAGUGGUUCCCAUUGAUUGAAUACUUGAGCACAUUUGGAUUGAAAGAAUCUCAUUUUGUAUCCAUCUAUGAGAGGCAUAUGCUUUGCCUACAGAUGAACCUGGUUUCUGUGAAGGAAAGAUUGGAGUUUUUGUUGAGUGUUGGUGUCAAACAUAGCAACAUCAAAAGAAUACUUAUGAGGCAGCCCCAAAUUCUGGAGUAUACUGUUGAAAACAAUCUGAAGUCCCAUGUUGCUUUUUUGGUUAACAUAGGAAUUCCUGAUUCGCGAAUAGGUCAGGUAAUUACUGCUGCUCCAUCUUUCUUCUCUUACAGCGUGGAGCAUUCUCUAAAGCCAACAAUCAGGUAUUUGGUUGAAGAAGUAGGUAUCAAGGAAAGUGAUGUCAGCAAAGUGGUGCAGCUGAGCCCCCAAAUAUUGGUCCAAAGGAUUGAUAACUCAUGGACAUCUCGCUUCUCCUUUCUAUCGAAGGAAUUAGGGGCACCCAGAGAUAAUAUAGUCAAGAUGGUCACCAAGCAUCCGCAGCUCCUUCAUUACAGCAUUGAGGAUGGAAUAUUGCCUAGAAUCAACUUUCUUAGGGGCAUUGGGAUGCGUAAUUCUGAUAUCCUGAAAGUAUUAACAAAUCUUACACAGGUAUUAUCUUUGUCAUUGGAGGGGAAUCUGAAGCCUAAAUAUCUUUAUCUGGUUAAUGAACUUCACAAUGAAGUGCACUCCCUGACAAAGUAUCCCAUGUACUUAAGCUUGUCUCUGGAGCAAAGGAUUCGACCCCGUCACAAGUUCUUGGUUUCCCUAAAGAAAGCUCCGAAAGGUCCAUUUCCUCUGAGCUCGCUUGUUCCUACUGAUGAGUGUUUCUGUCAACAAUGGGCUGGAACUAGUUUAGAGAAGUAUGUGACAUUUAGACAGAGUUUGCUAAUCGAAGACUUUGCUAGGAUGUAUGAAAGGAAAAGAUAGCUGACCAGCAUUGCCCUCAAGUAGUGCCAAGGUUACUAAUAGAAGUUCUGGAAGCAUAGCUUGAGUCCUUGGACAGUUCAUUAAACAUCAGUUUUUUGUUGUUGUUUAGAAGAUUACUUUCUCGAACCACCUUUAUCCAUACAGUAAAAAUUUAGGUUGUUUAUGCCAUCAUGGUGCUUGUAUAGCACUCUGAGCUGCAUGGGAGUUGGAGAUUUUUCACUAACCAACCACCUGUAUUUACUAGGCAAAGUAAGCAGCUCCACCAGUACUUUAUGAGGCUCAUCUCCAGAUCUGUUAACCCAGCUGCUGCAAUGCUAAGUACAAUAUGAUGUCUAUUGGAGCAUUAUUUUAGACAAUUGAAAUCCAGACAUGUGGUGGCUUCAGAAGCCUAAGUAUAAUUGUUUUCCCUUUGGUUACAGUAGUGACAUGCGGUUGCUUCAGAAGCCUGUCAUAAGUAUAAUCGUUUUCCCUAUGGUUACAUUAGACUAAUACAUGCCCAACCAUACCCCCUGGAAUUUCUAAUAGAAUUUUAACAAAACUGUAAUUUACAACAUGGUGUCUGACUGUCUGUUGCAGUACUCGGCAAUUUAUAACUAUAACGACCAUACGGUCAUUUUCCUUUUUCCCUCUUGGAAAUAAGCUUCUUCAUAUUCUUAAUUAUACUAGUUAUAUGAUUGCAUCUGA